ACUGGGCGAUCGGGGCAGACUCUUCGUCGUGCCUCGCCUCGUCUGCCCCGCCUGCGCGUCGAGGGAGGGGCCAGCGACACAUGGCCUAGUACCCGUCCGGCCGCGGCGUUGGCUUAAGCCAUGGCUGAGAGUAGCCGGGUUCCUCAGGCCCGGGCGCUCCUGCAGCAGUGCCUGCACGCCCGGCUGCAAAUUCGCCCAGCCGAUGGGGACGCCGCGGCCCAGUGGGUGGAGGUCCAAAGAGGACUGGUGAUCUACGUGUGCUUUUUCAAGGGAGCUGAUAAAGAACUUCUUCCCAAAAUGGUUAAUACACUGUUAAAUGUGAAAUUAAGUGAGACAGAAAAUGGCAAGCAUGUCUCUAUAUUGGAUCUACCUGGCAACAUUCUUAUUAUCCCUCAAGCUACCCUUGGAGGAAGACUAAAAGGAAGAAACAUGCAAUAUCACUCUAACUCUGGAAAAGAAGAAGGGUUUGAACUUUACUCUCAAUUUGUGACUCUAUGUGAAAAAGAGGUAGCUGCUAAUAGCAAGUGUGCUGAAGCUGGGGUUGUAGUGGAACAUGGCACUUAUGGGAACAGGCAGGUGUUAAAACUGGACACCAACGGACCAUUCACACACUUAAUUGAGUUUUGAAAAUGAAAAACUAUUUUCUAUAGCUGUUUUCUGGUAUGAAAUGAUCUAAAGUAUAAUUAGAUUUUCUUCCCCUUCAUCUUGAAUAUACUAAUCUUCAGUAUUUCUAGACAAGAAAAUCUUGGGUUUCAUAUAUAACUCUGCACCUGCUAAUUGGAUGACUUUGCCAAGUCACCUAAACUCUGGAUCUCAGUCACCUUUUGUCCUACAUUCCUCUACCCUUCUACUUGAAAAUUUGAAAUAUGCUGUCUAUUCACUUCAUAGUCAUUAAGGAAAUGUUAAUUGAUUUUUUGUUUUUGUUUUUUUUUGAGACGGAGUCUCGCUCUGUCGCCAGGCUGGAGUGCAGUGCUGCAAUCUCGGCUCACUGCAACCUCCACCUCCUGGGUUCAAGCAAUUCUCCUGCCUCAGCCUCCCAAGUAGCUGGGAUACAGGCGCACGCCACCAUGCCCAGCUAAUUUUUUUGUAUUUUUAGUAGAGACGGGGUUUCACCAUGUUGGCCAGGAUGGUCUCGAUCUCCUGACCUCAUGAUCCGUCCACCUCGGCCUCCCAAAGUGCUGGGACUACAGGCAUGAGCCACCAUGCCUGGCCUCUUAAUUGUUUUUUAGUAUAUGUGCUGCCGAAGCGAGCACUAAUUGUUUUUUAAAAAUUAUGUACAUUUUAAGUAUUUUGCAAUGAAGAAAUUCAUGCAAACAAGAAAAACACAUUUUUUAUACCAUCAAAUUUGUGUAACAUGUAAUAAAAAUAACUAUUUGUAUUAAAAUUAGGUAAACUUCAGCACAACCCAAUUAUAACUUCGUAAAUUUUGUUUACUAUUUCAGUUUUCUAUAUUUCCAUAUGUAAGUCACCAUUUCUUUUAAUAAUAUGCAUGAAAAUGUAAUAUAGGGCCAAGUGUGGUGGCUCAUGCCUAUAAUCCCAGCACUUUGGGAGGCCAAGGUGGGAGGAUCACUUGAGCCCAGGAGUUUGAGACCAGCCUGGGCAGAAUAGCAAGACCCAGUCUCUUCUAUAUAUGUAAUACAGAAGUGUUAUUGUGUGUUAUAUUACUUUCCAGGGACAUCCAAAUGUUUUACAUUACUUUAAGAAUCUUUACUUGAUAUAAGAACAAAGUAUAAGAGUUUAAAAGUUGUUUUUAUUAAACAUACUAUAUAAAUGGA